AAAUUGAGCACGAACGUCGCUCCCCUAUCAGCAAUCCGCCUUUCUGCCGUGAAAACUUGGUGAACGGCUGUGUGUUGUGUCGGUGUGUUGGUUGGAGAGGAUCGUGAUUGAGGGACGUUGGCGAUUUGGACUGUCUUAGUGAAACUGACUGAAAUAAGCCAUGGAUGACAAGGCAUCGCUGAAGGAGUUAGACCAGUGGAUAGAGCAGCUUAUGCAAUGCCAGCAACUACAGGAAAAUCAGGUCAAAACCCUCUGUGAAAAGGCAAAGGAGAUCUUGUCGCGCGAGUCGAACGUGCAGGAGGUGCGCUGCCCGGUGACUGUGUGCGGAGAUGUGCACGGCCAGUUCCACGACCUGAUGGAGCUGUUCAAGAUCGGCGGCAAGUCCCCCGACACCAACUACCUGUUCAUGGGUGACUACGUGGACCGGGGCUACUACUCCGUGGAGACGGUCACCCUGCUGGUCACAUUGAAGGUUCGCUUCAAGGAGCGGAUAACGAUUCUACGAGGCAACCACGAGUCUAGACAAAUUACCCAGGUGUACGGCUUCUACGACGAGUGCCUGCGCAAGUACGGCAACGCCAACGUCUGGAAGUACUUCACGGACCUGUUCGACUACCUGCCGCUGACUGCGCUGGUCGACAGUCAGAUCUUCUGCCUCCACGGCGGUCUCAGCCCGAGCAUCGACUCGCUCGACCACAUCCGUGCCCUCGACCGGCUACAGGAGGUGCCGCACGAGGGCCCUAUGUGUGACCUGCUGUGGUCAGACCCGGACGACAGGGGCGGCUGGGGCAUCUCGCCGCGCGGUGCCGGCUACACCUUCGGCCAAGACAUCUCGGAGACGUUCAACCACAGCAACGGCCUGACGCUCGUGUCGCGCGCCCACCAGCUGGUGAUGGAGGGCUACAACUGGUGUCACGACAGAAACGUGGUGACGAUAUUCUCGGCGCCCAACUACUGCUACCGCUGCGGCAACCAGGCGGCCAUCAUGGAACUCGACGACGCCCUCAAAUACUCAUUCCUCCAGUUCGACCCGGCACCGCGGCGCGGGGAGCCGCACGUAACACGGCGCACGCCCGACUACUUCCUGUAGGGCGGCGGCGGCGGCGACGGAGGAGGAAGGAGGAGGGCGGCGGCGGGCGCACCGCGCGCCGAGGAGGGCGAGAGUGGACGCGGAGUGGGUGCGGAGUGCGGUGGAGUGGCGGGCGCCGUGUCGAGAGGCGGCGGCGGUCGCCGUAGGGGGUGACCGCUGGCCAAGGUCAGCGGAGUGCUUGACCUCUGGUUGAGAGGCAGUGGAGGUCGGUGGAGUGAUGACCUCGGGCCGAGAGGCAGUGGAGGUCGGUGGAGUGAUGACCUCGGGUCGAGAGGCAGUGGAGGUCGGUGGAGUGAUGACCUCGGGUCGAAAGGCAGUGGAGGUCGGUGGAGUGAUGACCUCAGGUCGAGUGCCGAGGAGGUCGUUCCUCGAGGACUGGACUGGAAUGACUGACUGGAGAGUGGGUGACCGCGGACGGGGAUGUGACUGCGUCAGCGCGCAGUGACGGGCUUCAGGUUGCGUAACAGCGGAGGUCGGUGCGGUGUUUGACCUCAGGUCAAGAGGCGGCUGCACUUGGUUGGCUCUGGCUGGGGGCACCGCGGCGCAUCCACACUAAUCCUGGAACAAAACCAUUCUGAACAACACCAGCAGUGUAAAGCGUCGAGUUUUAGCUCCGCCGACCGGGUGCAACUGACGUCGCCAACGCUGCAGGCGGUUGACUCGCGUCCCGCCACGACGAAAUGUCUCCGCCCGUGCCGAGGAUGUCGAGGGCUCCGCUGGUUCGGGCGACCCCGUCGCUGUGCCGUCGGGUCCGCGCCGUCGGCAGGCGGCACCAGACAACUGUUACAUGUCCGUGUGCGUGAGGCGCGCGACCUUCUCCCACUGUAUGUCCCCUUGUCGCUCGGUUCUCUGCGUUAGCCACAUCCGCACGGGCACAUGUUAGACGGUAACCCAGAGAGGUGUCCCAAGCACGUGCUAUUCUCCUGUCUGGGUAUACAUUCUGUUGAAAAUACUAAUAAAUUGUCGUGCUAAG